UUUGGUUGUAAAGGACCGACGUCACUAGUUGUGCUGCUUGGGGAAGAUGGCGGAGGCCGCGCCUGUUCCCCCGCAUCGGUUUUUCUGUCACUGCUGUAAGGGAGAAGUAAAUCCUAAACUCCCGGAAUACAUCUGUCCGAGAUGCGAUUCGGGUUUCAUAGAGGAAGUAACAGAGGACUCCAGUCUCCUGGAGAGUGGUGCAAACGGGAUGGAUGACUCGGCCACACAGUUUGCGGAGCUCUGGCACCUUUUGUUCCUGGAGCGGCCAUUUACACCAGACCGAGACAGUCCCGACUCAGAACCUCGGCUCCCCGGAGGACGCCUGGGGGGGUUCGGGGAUCUGGGAGGCCUGGGAGGUGGAUCGGUCGGGGGAUCUGUCCCAGCAGGUCUAGGAGGACCCAUGGGGGGACUUCUAGGGGCCGGGGAUCACUGGGGACCGGGGCGUCCGCCUCGUCUGCACAGCCAGAGGAGAUACAGGUCUAGAGUCAGCAGUAGGCCGGAUCGCUCUCCUGCAGUAGAAGGAAUAGUACAACAGUUCCUCGCUGGUCUCUUUUCCAACUCUGGGGUUCCUGGGUCACCUCCUCUAUCGUGGACAGGGAUGCUGCACUCUAAUCCAGGAGAUUACGCUUGGGGCCAGGGAGGGCUGGACGCAGUCAUAACACAGCUACUUGGUCAGUUGGAAAACACAGGACCUCCUCCAGCAGAAAAAGAGAAGAUCUCUUCCCUUCCGACUGUCAGCAUCACUCAGGAACAAGCAGAUUGCUGCAUGGAAUGUCCAGUUUGCAAAGAGGACUUUGAAGUGGGAGAGCCGGUCAGACAGCUACCCUGUAACCAUUUCUUUCAUUCGGGCUGUAUAGUACCGUGGCUGGAAAUGCACGACACGUGUCCCGUGUGUAGGAUGAGUUUGAACGGAGAAGACAGCAGCAGCCAGCCCUCAGAGUCCCCCUCCCUCUCCAUGGACCCCCGCACACAGGAGAGAUGGUCCUUUUGAGACACUCACCCGUCAUCGCCACGUCCCACAAAAACGCCUCUCAUCUCCCCGUUUCACCUCUGCUGCAGUCAUGAUCCGCCUGACUUUUUGUAUAUUUAUUUUUGAUUUUAAUGCCUUUUCUUCGCUCAUGUACCCUCACAGACGUCUUAACGAUUCGUUGUGGUUUGCUUAAUUCAUUCUGUUUGCCUAAUGACGUUCCAGCGUAGACCUCGACUCCCUUUUCCACAUUUCCCUCUACGAACGGCUGUAAAACACACUGAUGGGGAACGCCAGAUGCCACGAACCUCUAUCUGCCCGUAGAAGGGCACGACCCCUGCAGCUGAGGCCGUAACGCACAAAGAUGACGUCAGCUUUUAACCUUUUACUCACAGGGAGUCGAAUCGUUUGGCUUCUUUUACGGGAGAUUUGGUCUGGAUGGUUCUUUUUUUUUAACCUUUUUGUGGGCGACUGCUCUACGAAGGAGCGUCAACACUCCUGUAGCUAAAUAAGCGGGGUAUUCAAUAGCAAGACGAAAGAAAAUAGUUCAAGGAUUCCUCCCGAGCGACGCCUUCCACGCCACAUUUCCUCCUCCUGAUGUAAAUAUCCUGAUGGGAUCACGCCCUCCUCUUAGACCACGACAGGUUUUUGUUUUUAUCACUUCGGAUGUAAAUAGUUUUAGUCCAACAAGUUUAAGUUCUGCAAAGAAAAAUGAAAACAUUGAGAAUGGCAAUGCAAAUGUGAAAACUCUGAACUGUAUAUUAUAUAUAUAUGAAACUGUAUGAUGUAUUAAUAAAUUGACAAAAAACUGUA